CCAGUUUAAACAACCUGCCCGCGUCUACAUUCUGCAAAUUUAAAGCUCGGUAGCUUCCAUGCUGGACGAUCUUUUGGUCGCUUUGCUCGAGGAAUUAGCACUUGAAGGAAGUAAAGGUGCAAGUCUCUCUCGAGUGUGGUCAUUAGUCGGUAGCAUCAUAUCGAAGAAAACGGCAGUGAAAUUCUCACGACACCUUGGAAAAGACAUUGAACCGACAGUGGACGAAUCAUAUCAACGGUUCUUAUGGCCAUAUAUUGUAUCUUAUCCAGGCAUCGAGUUCAGUGCAGUCAUCGCCAAUGACAAUCCAACUCUGCUGAAAAUGGAGCCAGAAGAGUACAAAGAAUACGAUACAGCUUCAUCGAGAAAAGAUCUGCUUCUUACUGCCAAAGCUCAAUUGCGACUAAGGAUGCUUCUCGCUCCGUUACCAGUUGGAUCAACUGUUAAAGAUUCAUUAUACUCUGUGUUAGAGAUGAUAGGAUUUUCUCGCGAAAAUGGCAUUACACAAGCUGAUUUAGGGAUUGCACUUGGUCUGGAUAGCCGGAUGGUAUUUAGUAUGACGAAGCGGCUUGUGGAUUACGAUUUGAUCAUAAAAAAGCCAGCUGUUAGCAAAGGCAAUUACACAGCACUUUGUCUCCUCAAGCGCUUCGAGGGAAGUAAGUCCGAUACCCGAUAUGAGCCAGUCACGGAACUUGAAAAAGGCACGGAAAAUGGACAUGUCAAGACAUCCAAGAGCGACAGUGAAAGUUUGGAUGACAAUGUUUCAUACCGCAGCGACGUGGUGACUUCAAAAGUUAUCCAGCUACUACAAAAUAAAAGUGAUAGAACUAUGACUCUACAAGAUCUGACCGAUAAACUGGGGUUUUCACAUGCAAACGUCAAAUCGAAGAGGUGGUUUAUGAGAUACAUUAGUAAACUUUGCGAUGAGAAAGUACUUGAGAAAGUGGAUUCACCAAAUCAGUCAGGGAAUACACCUCCUAGGUCAGUUCAUUUGCUGAAAGCUGAUCAUCAAGUUACUGGACCUGUGGCCAAUCCUAGUAUUCUUGUCACCGAGAAAGGUAUACCGACUGGUGAAAUAGAAGACGUUCCAUUACAGUAUUGUAUAUAUAAACAUAUCGAAGCGUCUGGAGUACAAGGCGUUACAUCUAAUGACUUACAAAAUCUGAUGCCGACCGCUCCCGCUCCCAUACUAUCGACAGCCCUUUCUAGCUUACAUAAAGGUUCUGCGCCAUUGACAAUGAAACAUCUUAGCUGCUUUGCGGUUAUAGAAAGGCAGGGAAGAGAGCAGCGUCACCGCUUCUAUACAGCCGCCAACUGGAAAAAACUCCGAAAUGAUCAAGCGAAUGGAGAUAACUUUGAUGAUGGCGCUGUAUCUCAAGAUGAGUUAGUUGCUGAAGAGAUCAAUGAGAUGUCUGACACCAAACAAGGGCGUAAAGCCUCACAUGCAAAGCGAAAACGUUGGGAUGACGAGCAGCCAUCAAAAUCUACCGACGAACUUUCUGAUAUUCCCUUGAAACGACCAAAAAAAUCCAGAGUGAAGACAGCAGCUUUCGCGAAAACACAGAAAAAGUCACGUAGCAUAAAGAAAAAUACAGCCGAUAAUGAUGUUCAGAUGUUUGAUGAAGAUGAAUUUGGCUACGGAGCGAUUGAAGACAAUGCCAUGAAUCAAUCCAAAGAAGGUUCACUAGCACCAACCGUUUCGCAUAACGCAAACGCUUCUCAUGAACCCCCACCAGAGAAAAAUGACUUUGGCGAGGUGGAUAAUCAGUUACUUUCAAAGUAUAAUCAAGUCCAAGAGACGGCAGUGUCAUCAGUAAAGGACAUCCAUCAAUAUACCACAGCGAAAACGAACGAUAUCGUUACUAAAACGCCAACAAAGAAGUCUUCACGGCCAAAACCCAGCAAACCAUCAGUGCAGAAUGUCACACUUGAAAGGCGCAUGGACGUUUUACAUAAUAUUCUCAAUAGUGACAAAGUGCGAGAAGUUGAUUACACAUUAGUCGAUGAUUUCAGUAAAGAAGACGCUAUUGGUCAAGAUGUACAAUAUACCGUUGACCGACGAACACUCACCAAAAUAGCUCAGGGACUAGAAAAAGAGGGUAAGGCUCGAAUCAUUAAGGUCUCUAUACCGUUGCUGAACGGUAUGGUGGUAAACAAGAGCCUUCUCCUUCACGGUUCUGUGAAUCCAUCCGAUGACGUUGUAAGCAAGUUCAUAGAAGGAAUACGAGAGCAGAAUGCCUUAGUAGGUAGGUCUAGGCCUACGGAACCGACAAAACCAUCUUUGGAAACCGAAAGAAUAGGAGCAUCAGACAAAGGAAGUACCCAAGUUACUGGCCAGGAGAGUAAUCCCACUAGUUCACAGACCUCAGAAGUGAUGGUCUCCUGUGAAAAAAAAGAAAACCAAAACCCGAAUGGGCAAACACACUGGCGGAUCACGGCAAAAUACUAUGGAUGGAUACCGGCAAUUAUGCUUCGACUGAGAAUACUUCACAGGCAUAUGAUGAAAAUGGCUAUUCAAGAAUGGGCUCAGCAAGAGAGUUCUGAAGAAAAGCGACCCUGCAAGAUUGCGAUUGCAAAAAUAAUUACCAAAAUGCCGUUGAAGACGUUUUUGAAUGUGAUUGGGGUGCACAAGAGAAUUCCCAGGUUGGACUCGUUUUUGCUGACGGAAGGAAGCAAUGAAAUUGUCAUCAACGAUUUACCUGAUGGGUUACGUAGCCAGCUAUUUGAGGGCCACUACAGGUUUCGAAAGUAUCUUCGAGUUUCUUUGGAAACUCUGAGCUUAUUAAAACUUGUCAAUUUCACUGAAUGUAAAGGUAAAGGAAGCCGCACACCAGCGGAUUGCGAGCUACUUACUGUCGUUCCCUUGUGUGACUACAGGGAAGUGGGACAUCCGGUCGUACGCCAUAUGAAGAUGACAACAUUGAGUAAUCAGACAGAAUACUGGAAAGAGCUUCAAUUUCUCAAUACUGGUACCACACACAACAAUUUUCGAUCGAAGGCUUCGUCAAGACAUCGUGCAGAUUCCCAGGACACCCAAAAAAAAUCAUAUGUACCUAUGGAGCUAUCUAGUAUAACCAGUGUGUCAAGCUGGUUCAUGAAGUUCGAUCUCGAUAGCCACACUCGGGAAGUCUUAGAAGGGCAUGUGGAUCGUGAAAACAAGAAAACCCCCUUGCAGAAUCAUCGACUUUGUUUGCAAAUUGCCAAUGAAUGCAAUAUAUCCGUGCAAACUGUACGGGAUUACUUUAGAAGCAUUGAGUCUGCAAACAAGAGGAGUGAGAGGAAACGUAAAGAAAAAGCUGCAAAGGCGCAAGGCACUGAUGCUCGCAGUGUCACUGUCAGAAAACUCUUGGAUACGGCUGUCCCGCAAAAUGAAGCAUCUUUCAAACCGCAUGUCAUCACUACUGGUAUACAAGGAUGGGCUUUUAAUAGAGGAAAAGCUAAGCGAUACUCAAAGGCUGUUGAAAAAGUCUUUGAAGGAGAAGACUCUGUUAAUUUGGAAGACUUGACAAAGUAUGCGAAAUCGUACACAUCAUGGACGCCACAAGAAGUGGAGCUCUUGAUUUACAGCUAUUCUAUUCUGCGCUAUCGAAGCCGGCAUGUCAAAUUUCUCUGGGGUGCAAUGACCCGCGUUCUUCCCAAUAGAACAUCUGAAAUUUGUCGGCAUCAAAUGACGAAAAUAUUGAAGCGUGAAGGCCAAAAGGAAGCUAUUGACAAAUUGGUUGAACUAUGGGGUACCAUAUAUGAACGAUAUGUCAGAAACGGGACUCUUGCAGACGACAACCCAUUUGAAAUGAUCGAUUUUGACUUGGCUGGCCAACUAAAUAUUUUCUUGCAAGAGCUGCAACGUAAAGAAGAUGCCAAGUACACCUUUGAUAUCCCCUCCAACAUAGAAGAUAUACCAGCGGCAUUGGACUCACAAGAUCUUACAAUGAAAGUCAAGCGUAUCAAGACCAUUUCCGACUUUGCAGAUAAAAUCAUAAGCAUGCAUGAUCGCCAGAGAUUACUUUUAAAAGACCCUCUCAAUGUUGCAAUAGGUCAGAAAAAGCAAUUGCGACCAUUACGACCCUGCAUUAGCGUAUAGAGUGCUCAAUAGUUUCCCUACUACUGUUGUUAGUAAAAGUAUUCAGGAUCUGCACCAAGCUGGAUUGAUUGUUAAAACAAAGCCAUCUACUGGAGUGAGCAUACCAGGAAGAGGUUUUGGUGUUUCCGAAAAGUUUCUGCUCAUGCUAACGACACACUUGGUUGAUUUCGAGAAGAUGAAAUUGUUUUCAGAUGAAGUCAAUGU